UAAAACUCCUGCACUUCAAACUUGAAGCAGUCUGCAGUCAGAAACUUUGGUGUUUUAAUAGUCCAAGAUAUCAGAACCUCUUCAGUCACAACUGACAGCUGUGCAAGAGGACAUCCUUGAUCCUUCAAGCCAGGCUUCAGUUUCCCUUGACUCCUCCUUUUAGUCUUUGAGCAUUGCCCGUUACCCAGUUAUAACUGCUGUUACAAAUCAUAACUGUUUUGUGUGCAGAUGGGUGAAAUAGAUAAAGUUGUAAUUGUGGCCUUAUAGUAAAAAGGCUUAUUUACACUACUGUUAUCAAAAUCAGUAUGCUCUCUCCCAGCCUCAGAAGUCAGUCUUGCAGUUGACUAGUGUGAAAAAUACUAGUAGAAACAGUGAACUUUUUAGGCAGGCAGCACCAGUAUUUUUAUUACCAUUUUGUACAACUACAGUUAAGCAAGACAACUGUAAACACUACAUUCUAUUUUAUAGUACAGGCUUCACGGACGUUUCCAGAAUCUCUUUGUAGUCUCAGUUUCUGAAUCCUGAAUUCUGAAGUUUAAUUGUGUGCCUGUAUAUAGUGUAAUUGAAACUUUAUUAGACUGGAACGAAGCCAAAUGGAUAUUCCAUCUUCAGUAGUUUGCUUAAGAUGGCUUGAAUGAUAUCUGUCUGUCUUGGUGUAUAUUCUUAGUGAAAAAUGGUCUGUUUCUGAGCUGAAUUCAUACAGGGUUUUUUACUUUUUUUUUCUUGAUAGACCUGAAAAUAAAGAUGUAAGACUGGAUGUCUAUCUGGUGCUUUCCUCAUCAUACACUAUCCCUAUUGCCCACUUAUUAUGUGUGAGCUAAGCUGAAAAAUUCCCUGUGCUGUCAGUUUGAAGUUGAAGAUGUGCAGCAUGCAGCAUCUUGUGUAUUUUAGUCUCCGGAGUUCAUCUCUGCUUUUUUGCAAAUUUAGCCUCUCUCCUAAAUAAUCACAAUUUUGUUUUGGUCGCUAAAGGUUGCAGUCUGCCUUGCUUGUUUAACAAAUGCCCGAAGUUCCAAACGGGGGGGAAAAAAACCCCUUUUUUUAAAAAUAAAAAUUCAAGUAGUAGUUGUGGCUUCAAGAUUCUUGAUUUCCCUCUAUUUUUGGCCAAAAGGCAUUAAUUCAUUAGUACAUUAAAGUAUCCUUUAACCUCUGUAGAAAAUCUUACGUUUGGAAUUUUUGUAACCAGUUUCAGUAUUCCCAAAUCUUUAGUAAUAUUUUCCUGCUGUGGUGUGAGAUGUUUUUUAUGUAAAGCAUCCUCUUGUGGGUCCUUGUAGUUGUGAAAUAGGCACUUGUGCUCUAUUUCCUGCCAUCAUGCGUUUGGCUCUGGGCUCUCAGAAAGGAGCAGUCACCUUUGUGCUAAAAGUCCCAUCGCUGCUCUGUGGUUUUCCUGUUGUGUUUAUGAAUGUUAUGGUAUUACUCUGGUAAGAGCAUCAGAAGCCGUUGUCCCCUAAUGUUACAGUUCUUUUAUCUUCACUUUGCUGGAAUGUGGGCCUGGAAAGAUUGAGGUACUGCCAAAAUGUGAAGGAACCUCUGCCUUCCUAAUUGAAAUUACUAAAUAGAUGGGCAGAUACUGUUUGCUGGUCAUGACUAAUACCAAAAAUGUACUUGCAGCUCAGAAAAAAGAAAAUAUAAAAAGAUAAGACAGUUUUCUUCACAAACUAGAUUAAAAACUGGUUUAUUCAAAUCUAGCAAACGGCAUCAUAGGCUAGUGAAGCUGGAAAUGACAUUUUUCUCAAACUGCUGGAGCUUUAAAGCUUCUCACACUCAUUUUGCAUCAAAAUACUGUUUACUUCAGCAGAAUUUAAUCCUGAUUUAUUUUGGGUAAGCAAGGACAGAACAUAAAGCUACAGUGUUUUCUUUCCUUCUCUUGUCUUUCAAACAAACACCUGCUGUUAAAUAGAUAUUUCAUCUCUUGAGAUACCUGUAGUUUCUUGAAUAUAGUACUGGCAUCAAAGCAUCUGGAGUGUUCAUCUACAGUUCUGGGGAAUGAGAGUUCCUCUAAGCAGGUUCUGUAAUAUUUAUAUGGUUUUGCAAAGUAGGUAAGUCAGCAGAUAGCAGAUCCUAGCUUUAGUAGGAACAUAGAUACAUCAGGAAUAAUUUUCUGUAGAAUCAUCUUAUGAAAGAGAUUUAUAGGAUAUUAUAGAGACAUGGUUUGCCGGUCAGUGUAUUUAGCUUGUGGAAUAUAAUGCUGAAACAACCAGCAUUUCACUGAAUUACUUCUUAAAUCAGGUCUGCUAUGGAAUUUAAAAACUAAUAAUUCAGUAAAUUUUUCAGUAUUAACCAAAGCACUCACACUUUUCAUAAUACACUUGCAGUCUUUCUGGAUUUUCUUCAUCCAGGCAAUAUAUGUCAUGGUACAUAUAUUUAUUAUAUUUUAUGCAAGCAUAAAAAAAAAUAAAAGGGGAAAGAGAACUUAAGUGGAUAAUGCAGGAGAUCUUGCUACAUUAUUUGAAAGCAGAUCUUUAGUAAUGAUUCAUUAUUAUAAGAAAGGAUUGUAAACAAAAAAAAAAAACAAACCCCAAUAUCCCCCACAAACUACCAGUUAAGUCUCCUGAAAUAGAUUUAUUGAGGUGUUUAACCUGUCUAACUUUGAAAUUCCACAUCCUUCCAAAAUAGUUCCACUGGAAAUUGUACCUUUCAGUGCAGUUAGGUACUAGUGAUACCUAAUGAAGUUUUCAAAAUGCUUCUGCAAAAUAGACGGAAAUUAUGGUUUUAUUUUAGGUCCAGUAACUUUUACACUUUGAAAAUCUUUUCUGUACCUGAAGUUACUUUUACCUUCAAAAUAAUGGAACAGUUUGUGACUGUCAGAUGAAAAGUAUCCUUUAGAUGAUAAUCAUUUUAGUGUUUGAAACAUUCAUUAAACUUUUAGCUCUGAAUCAAAUAGCUGAAGAACACAAAGUGGGAUGUACCUUAUUUAAAACCAGCCAGUCAGUCACUGUGAGCUAGCCAGAUGUAGUUGGGAGCCAAACUCCUGGCCUUGUAUUCACUAGUAGUUCAGUAUAGUGGUCUAAGGAAUGUGAUGUAAAAUACCAUCUCAUUCAGAGUGUCUUGAUAUUUCUGUACUGAUCAUAUUUAUCAAAACACUCAGUCAUCUCUUACUGCUGUGGAAGACUGCAGUUGAUACAUUUCUGCUGUAAGGAUGAUGAUCACAUUGGAAGGAAAGCAAGGAUAAUAAGCUCUUGCAGGAAAACUUUUGAAUCUUAACAAACAAAAGUUUAUUGGUUUUGGGAGUUGUAGAUUUUUGGUUGGGUCUGUUUUUUUGUUACAUUCCUAUACGUUUUUUUAAAAAUAGUAGUCUGAAAAAAUCCUGUUGAUAGGAUUUGGGGCCAGGUUAGAAAAAAAAUAUUGAGGUUGUGAUAUUCUCUUGGACUAUUGCAAAAGGCAGAAAGGCAAAAAAUGUGUUUCACAGGAAGAUCGUACCAUGUCGUAAGGCUGGAGUUGGAUGUAAAGCUUCAAAGAAAAUCACUUACCAGGUUCAUGGUAGGCUGUGGUAGAUGUGAUGACUGGUUUCAUGGUGAUUGUGUUGGACUGAGUCUUUCUCAAGCGCAGCAGAUGGGUGAAGAAGAUAAAGAAUACGUGUGUGUGAAAUGCUGUGCUGAAGAAGACAAAAAAAUGGAGUGUGUUGAUCAAAGUAUACCAGAUACUCAAGUGAAACUUGAAAUCCAUAGAGAAGAAAAAACAAUUGAGUGUGAAAAACCAGGAAUGUCGAAGCAAAUGCCUACUUGUAAUCUAAAUGUACCAACUGAAAAAACAAAGCAAACAGAAGACACUGGGAAGCACAAAGUCAAAAUAUUCAGACGGGAAUCUGGUGAUGUGAAGAACUCAUCCGAGUCCAGGGACUUGGAUACUAAAAAAGGCCAGCACGUUCCUGCUCGAAAAGGAUCACAAACUGCUGUAAUUCCUCGGCGGUCCCCUGAAGAUAAAAAUGAAAAAAUAAGCAAAGAGUCUCUUAGUGGUGUUGAAAGGUCAACGAAAUCAGGUGUUCAUGAGAAACAAGAAAUUAAGAAAAAGAAAAAUGAGAAAGGUUCCGUUAGUGCAACGCACCUGCCAGCUGUGCCAGCAUCCAAGCCUUCUGCUGAUCAGAUAAGACAAAGUGUCAAGCAGUCUCUUAAGGAAAUUCUGAUGAAAAGAUUGACAGACUCCAGUUUAAAGAUUCCCGAGGAGAGAGCAGCAAAAGUUGCCACAAAGAUUGAAAGAGAGCUGUUUUCUUUUUUUCGGGACACUGACUCAAAGUAUAAGAACAAAUACAGAAGCUUAAUGUUCAAUCUAAAAGAUCCUAAAAAUAAUAUAUUAUUUAAGAAAGUGCUGAAAGGAGAGGUUACUCCAGACCAUCUAAUAAAAAUGAGCCCAGAAGAACUGGCUUCCAAAGAACUGGCUGCUUGGAGACAGAGAGAAAACAGACAUACAAUUGAAAUGAUUGAGAAAGAACAGAGGGAAGUUGAAAGAAGACCUAUUACAAAAAUUACUCACAAAGGAGAGAUAGAAAUUGAAAGUGAAACACCAAUAAAGGAACAAGAGGAAGUUAUGGAAAUUCAGGAACCUAAUAUGAAGUUGUUUGAGAAGUCAGAGGAAGCUGAAAAAGAUAAAGAAAUAAAUGAAUCUGCAUCUCCAGACACCACAAGUCAACAUAAGAAUCAUCUCUUUGAUCUUAACUGCAAAAUCUGCAUAGGCCGAAUGGCACCACCUACUGAUGAUCUUUCUGCGAAAAAAGUGAAGGUGUCUGUUGGAGUGGCACGGAAGCAGUCAGACAACGAAGCAGAGAGCAUUGCAGACGCCCUUUCUUCAACAUCAAGUAUAUUAGCUUCAGAAAUACUGGAAGAUGAUAAGCAAGACUCAUCAAAAUCAUCGUUCACACCUCUCCCAAAGUCAGAAACACCUGGUACUGUGGAAUGUGAAAGUCUGUUUCUGGCACGCCUGAAUUUCAUCUGGAAGGGUUUUAUCAAUAUGCCUUCAGUGGCAAAGUUUGUUAUUAAGGCUUAUCCCGUUUCUGGCUCUUUUGAGUAUUUAACGGAGGACUUACCUGAUAGUAUUCAAGUAGGUGGCAGGAUAUCUCCUCACACUGUCUGGGAGUAUGUAGAAAAAAUCAAAGCUUCAGGGACCAAGGAGAUCUGCGUGGUCCGCUUUACCCCAGUAACUGAAGAGGAUCAGAUAUCCUAUGCGUUGCUGUUUGCCUAUUUCAGCAGUAGAAAACGCUAUGGUGUAGCGGCCAAUAACAUGAAGCAAGUGAAAGAUUUGUACCUCAUCCCUUUAGGUUCCUCAGAUAAAGUCCCACAUCAUCUUGUGCCUUUUGAUGGGCCUGGGAUUGAAAUACAUCGACCAAAUUUAUUACUGGGAUUGAUAAUUCGCCAGAAAAUGAAGAGGCAGAUUUCUGCUGUUGCAAGUGUUACUAGUAGUUUUGUGGAUGACACUUCUGAAAGUACCUUGAGUAACUUGCCACCAGAGAAGAAAAGCAAGCCAAACAAACCUGAAGUCUCUCAUCAUGAGCUGGCACUAGAAGAGGAAGAGGAAAACGAUUUUUUUAAUUCCUUCACAACUGUGCUACACAAGCAGAGAAAUAAACCUCAGCAGUCUAAUGUAGAAGAUGUUCCAGCAGUUAUUGAACCGUUGGUGGAAAGUACCAAACAUGAACCACCGAAGCCUCUCAGAUUCCUUCCUGGAGUCCUGGUUGGAUGGGAAAACCAGCCUUCUACUCUGGAGCUAGCAAAUAAACCCUUGCCAGUGGAUGACAUUCUCCAAAGCCUGCUGGGUACGACAGGGCAGGUGUACGAACACAGCAAGUCAGAAGCGAAUCCCAGUGAAGACAUACCAUUGUUAAAUGAACAAGCAACCUCAAAAGAAGAAAACAUGGAUGUUGCUGAGGUAACUGCUGAAGUUAGUGAAGCAAAGACCAGUUUGGAUGAUCUGCAAGACUCCAGUAAUGCUACUGUGACUGUGGAUGCAGCAGCUGUGGGGACCUCAAGUUCUGCAAGAAGUGCCGGAUCUCUGAUAGGGCUGAGUCUUAAGGGGAAACCUCCAGAUGUCUCCACUGAAGCAUUUUUAGCAAAUUUAUCUGCUCAGUCACAAAAUAAAGAAACUGAAGAAAGUAAAGAAAGUGACCCAAAGAGGCAGUUACCUGACAAGGAUAACGUUGCACAGGAAGUUAGAAGGACUGCAAAUGCCAGCUUUUCUUCUUCCUCAUCAAAUGCAGGGAAAAAACCCAACGAGAACAAUGUUAAUGCAGGCUCUGCUGAAGGUACUGCUGCUAAUACCUGUAAAUCACCACCAUUUAUUAAUCUUAAAAGAGACCCGCGACAGGCAGCUGGACGAAGCCAGCAGACUAAUGCUUCGGAAAACAAGGAAGGAGACAUUAGCAGAAAUGAAGACCGACAGAACGCUUCAGGAAAUGAUCAAAUGGAAGCAGAGAAUAAGCAGUCUUCUGAAGCGGGCUUAAACCUCUAUCAAAGUGAUGCGCAAACCAACGAGACGCAGUACAGUUCAACUGCAGCAAAAGCAGAUAAUGCAGGUGCAUCACAGGCAGAAGAUACGAAACGCUCACAGGACGAUGCACUGAUGCAAAGCAUUGAAACAGUGAACUCAUUUAGAAGAGGACCAGCGGCAGCUUCAUCUCAUUUUGAAACGGAAAACUCUUCUCGUUCUGAAUUUAUUUCCAAAGUCCCAAGCCCUAUUACAGGUGGCAGCUUCUCAUCUGUUAGACCUCCACAGCAAAAUUUUCAGCAUCCUAAACCUAAUCCACCUGGAUUUCAGUUUCAGGCUCCUGCACCUCAUAACUUCCCCCCGCAAAACAACCCUAUGUUUGGAUUUCCACCUCAUUUACCACCUCCACUACUUCCUCCUCCAGGCUUUGGCUUUCCUCAAAAUCCGAUGAUGCCAUGGCCACCAGUAGCUCAUUUAUCAGGUCAGCCGCCCCACUAUGCCGGACCCAUUGCACAAGGGCUACCAGUGGCUCACAAACAAUCCAGAUUUUUGGGGCCAGAGAAUUUUUUUCAGAGUAAAGACAGUAGGAGACCAGAAAGACGCCACAGCGAUCCUUGGGGCAGACAAGAACAGCAUUUGGAGAGAGGGUUCAGUAGGGGCAAAAAUGAUCAACAUAGACAAAGAUUUUACAGUGAAUCCCAUCACCAAAAGAAAGACAGACAUGAAAAAGAGUGGAACAACGAAAAAUACUGGGAGCAAGAUUCUGAAAGAAAUAGACGCAGAGACAGAAACCAGGAAAAAGAAAGAGAGAGGAAGAGUAGAGAGGAAGGACAGAGAGACAAAGAAAGAUUGCGAUCUCCACACAGUGAUAGGGCUGCUGAUGGAAAAAGCCCCAGAGAGACUAGAAAUCCAGAAAAAAAGACGGAGAAGCCUAAAAGUGAAGAACAGGCUCAUGAAAAAGAUAAGGAGAGGGAGAAAAGCAAAGAGAAGCAUAGAGAACGAGAAAGUGAAAAGAACAGAGACAGACACAGGGACCACAGUGACAGAACUAAAAGCAAACGGUAAAAAGAUGCAGGCAGUCUUUUAAAAUCCUAUUUAAAUAAACUGUUAGAGUAAUGUCAUAAAACUUUGUAUUAAAAAAAAAAGCAACCAAGCCUGCUAGGAUUGUGCCAUCUUUUUUAUUCAGUGUUGGUGUUUUGCAGAAACAAGUCUGUGUUUUGGUACCGCUCGAUGUACCAAUACUCAUCCUUUUUUUCAUUAUACCAACUAUCGCUAGAAGUAGGAGUUUAAUAUUUUUUAAAAUUUUACAUUGCUGUAUAUUCAAAAUUUUAAAGAUUUCUUUUAUUAAUAUGCAAUAAAGGCUUAGAAAUUUUCUUAGCUGAUGAAGUUGGCUUUAGUCAAGUCUGCAAUAUAGUUGCUGCCUUUGGUAAUUUGUGCUCUCUUCUGUUUUAAGAUGCCCUGAUAAUUUUAAAGGUGAAUUUCAUACAAUAACCUUCUUUUUAAAUUGCACUGUUUUUAAAGACUGUAGCAAAGCCUCAGAAUCCACACACGUUACAACAAAAUAGAAUAUGCUCAGUGGUGUGAAGAGUUUUGGUUUUUUUUAAAUUAUUCAGUAAUAAUUCAGUAAAAUAAUUCGAGUGUAUUUCAUUAGUUCUUCAAGUAUUUCCGAAGCAUCUGAAGCAGUUUGUGACCAGAAAUUGGAAGGCUGAGCUGCUCGAACGUUAUUGCUUUAAACUGCACUUGUUUUAAUAAGAAAGCAUUUUUAACCUAAAUUCUUGAAAAUAUGAUUUGUAGUAGUAAAUUCAUUUCUCCCGCCAUUUUCCAUGCUUCAAAAACUUGAAUACCUAAGCUUGUACAUUACUUUGUGUUUUGCUAUCCUUUUUACUGUAAAAUGUAAAUAUUUUAAGGGAUAUUUUGAUUCUAAAAUGAUAAAACUUUCUCACAUA